GGAGCCCCGCCCAGAAUCCCCGGGGAGGGGCUGGGGGCGUGGUCAGGGCGGAGCCCCGCCCAGAACCCCAGUCGGGGCUGGGGGCGUGGUCAGGGUGGAGCCCCGCCUAGAAUCCCCAGUGAGGGGCUGGGGGCGUGGUCAGGGUGGAGCCCCGCCUAGAAUCCCCAGUGAGGGGCUGGGGGCGUGGUCAGGGCGGAGCCCCGCCCAGAACCCCAGUCGGGGCUGAGAACCUGGACUUAACCCACGUUACCGCAGCAGUAAAUAAAUAACAAGAUUGAACUGAGUCUCCUGUAAAGAAUCCGGGAGCCCCGAGAACAGUUCCGAGUCGUCAGCCCACAGCGCAGACCGAUGAGCCGCCCCAGCGGUCCCGGAGGGGGGGGUCUUGCCCUCGGCCACCCCGCCCGACGCCGCGGAGCCUCCUCCUCCCGGCCCGGGCCCCCUCCCGUCGGCCCCAGCUGUCCCCGGCCACCUGUUGCUGUCCAUCACGGGCCACCGUCCUGCGUGCUACCGCGUUUGGGGCCCAGCUCGGAGACUGUAGGUCUCCAUGACGACCAGAGGCUUGGAGGAUCUGGAUGGGGGCCUGGGCAGCUGCCUCCCCAGCGAUGAGUUCCCGUUACUGGAGGAACCACGCUCCGGCCGGCGGCCAGACGGCAAGGCCCGAGGGGCAUCCAGGCCGGCUGACUCGAGUAGCUGGACGCAUGUCCUCCAGGCCCCAGGGACUGCAGGCGCUGCGGAAAAGGAGCUCGAGGCCAGGGAGGCUCCGGGAACCAGCAAAGGGACGCCGAAAGCUGGGACAAGUCCCCGGAGCGUUCCCGCGCGCAGGAAGUUGCAGGCUGCGCCUCCCCUGAAGCCGCCGCCGCCGCCGCCCCCGCCGCCGUCCAGCGACGACCUGCCCUGGGGGGACCUGACGCUCAACAAGUGCCUGGUGCUGGCCUCGCUGGUGGCGCUGCUGGGCUCGGCCCUCCAGCUGUGCCAGGACGCGGUGGCCGGGGAAGUGGCGGUGGCUGCCCCUCCGCAGCGGGUCCCGCCCAGUCCUCCACCCCAGAAGCCGAAGGCGCCCGCGCCUGAGCCCCAGCUCUCGGGGCCUCCACCCGGGCCCCCCGAGCCCCCCGAGCCCCCCGGGCCCCCGGCACAGAAGCAGGACCCGUCUGAGGCCGCAGAAGCCCAGGGUGAGCCUGGGGGGUCCGCCCCGGAGGCCUCUGGGGAGGAGCGCGCACCCCUAGGAGACCGAGGGUCCCAGGAGAGGCCGCGGAAGGAGAAGCCGAGGACAGGAGAGAAGCCGAAGAAGGAGAAGCCGAGGAGGGAGAAGCCCGGGAGGGAGGAGAGGCGGCGGGCCACCAGGGAGCCCGGCCCGUUCCUGUCCCGGCGCCGGGAGGCGCGCGAAGGAGGCCGGCGGCCGUGGACGCGGGACUCCCGGGAACUCGAGCACGGGAAGCGGCCGGCCUGGGCUCCCCGGCGACGCCGUGACAGCGACAGCCGGCCCAGACAGAGGCCCCGUGGGGGGACGGGGCGCGACUGACCCCGCCCGUGUCCCGCGUCCCCUCUCCCUGCAGCCCCCGCAAAUAAAGCUCGUGCCGCAGCA